GGGUCCUAUCUUUUUAAUUGUUCUUUUUUCCUUCAUCUAUAAAACUUCCAAUGAGUUCACAUAGUUCUUACAGCAUGAGAUCCAAAGGAUCCAUGGAAAAUGAAAACAAGGGCACGGUUAAAGAAAGUGGGGGAGGAGGUGGAAUCAAAUCAGGGAAGAUGGUGACACCAAACAACAAAGAAUUCAUGUUCAUAUGUUUUCUUGUGGCUCUAUGGUACUCAUCAAACAUUGGUGUGAUUCUUCUCAACAAGUACCUUAUCUCAAAUUAUGGUUUCAAGUUUCCAAUCUUCCUCACAAUGUGUCACAUGACAGCUUGUGCUAUUUUUAGUUACAUCUCCAUUGUGUUCUUUAAGAUUGUUCCUCAACAGAUGAUUAAAUCAAGGUCACAGUUCUUAAAGGUUGCAACUUUGAGCUUUGUUUUUUGUGGGUCUGUGGUUGGUGGCAAUAUCUCUCUCAAAUAUUUGGCUGUUUCUUUCAACCAAGCUGUAGGGGCAACCACACCUUUCUUCACUGCUGUUUUUGCUUAUUUAGCUACUUUUAAGAGAGAGGCUUGGAUCACAUAUGUUGCUCUUGUUCCUGUUGUUGCUGGUGUUGCCAUUGCAAGUGGGGGUGAGCCAGGGUUUCACUUGUUUGGAUUUAUCAUGUGCCUAAGUGCAACCGCUGCAAGAGCUUUCAAGUCUGUUCUUCAGGGCAUUUUACUUUCUUCCGAAGGGGAGAAGUUGAACUCAAUGAAUUUGCUCCUGUAUAUGUCUCCAAUCGCAGUCGUAUUUUUGUUGCCUGCAGUAGUUUUCAUGGAGCCAAAUGUUUUAGAUAUCACGCUAUCACUUGGAAAGGAACAUAAAUUUAUGGGCGUGCUUCUUUUUCUUAACUCAGCCGCAGCAUAUGGAGCAAACUUAACAAACUUCUUGGUCACCAAACAUACAAGUGCUUUGACACUCCAGGUAUUAGGCAAUGCGAAAGGUGCUGUAGCUGUUGUUAUCUCAAUACUCCUGUUCCAAAACCCUGUCACUUUUAUUGGCAUGGCUGGCUACUCAGUUACUGUAAUGGGAGUUAUUGCAUACGGAGAAACAAAAAGGAGGUUUAGAUGAACAAAUAUCUCGCAUUCACCGAUAGUUAUACUCGUGUAAUUUUAUUGUAGUUUAUUUACACCGUUAACAUUAUUUGUACCGUGACUAGGAGUAGUGGAGAAUACGCGAGUGAAGUGAUUUUAUAAAUUAAUUUUGUUGAAUCUAGCACAUAAUUACUUAUUUAUCAUGAUUUGAUGGGAUGA